AUUUUGGAUUUAAUGAAUUUUAGAUUCCAUGUUGGGUCUUGCUGAGAGACUGGAGGGACCCUUUAACUUUGAGUCAGUCAUGGAUCCCAUAGACGUGAAAAUUUCAGACGCCAUCAUGAACAUGCAGGAAAACAGCAUACAGGUCUCACAGAAGGUGUUUCAAGGAUGUGGACAGCCCAAACCCAACAUGGCUUUCCGUACCCGGCGCUCUCCUAAAGACUCGGGCUUCCCCGGGCGUUUCCGACCGUACAGUCCUGACGCCAGACCCACCACCGCUGCUGGCACCAGUCUGGACCGACUGUUGAUGGAUGUUAAGAAGAAAUUAAAGCACGCCAAGAAGUUCUGGUCCACCCUCCCUGACACUGUGUGUGUUGGAGAAAGAAUUGCAGCCGGUGAUGAAUGCUGGAAUGGAACGGCAAAAAGCAGGUGGGUCAAUGAGACUAUUUUUUAG